CAGAGGGGACAGUGUACACACACCUAUGUAGCGUCACCUAACCGUGUGCAUCUUUGGGAUGUGGGAGGAAACCGGAGUCCCCGGAAAAAACCCACACAGACAGGGAGGACGUGCCAACUCCACACAGCGGACCCAGGCCGAACGGUUUUUUCCUCAAUGGCAUGGCAAGCGAGGGUGGAUGGACCGUGUCAUCCCAGGACCCGCUAUAUGAACCUUGUGGCUCUCACUGCCCGUACCAGCCAGGGGUGCAGCUCUGGCCACUGGGUAGGGCGGGGGUGGGGGAGGGUGUCCGCACGGAAGCCAGGACUGCUGGCCUUGUCUUCCAGAUCCCCAGGACAUCCCUAGAAUUGCGAGAUGGGCCGGGGUGGGUGACACAAGCGAGACGUCAAAUGCUGGGGGCUGGGUCAGAGCCCCGCCCCGCCCAUGCGUGAAGGGGCGCGGCUGCGCAGCGCUGUGGGUUGUCCUAGCGCCCCUCCCCUCCGGUCUGUGCGGAGACCUGCGGGGACCAGGGACCGGCGAUUCCGGGGAAGCCAGAGGAGACCAAGGCCGGAGCGGUUGCAGGAGGACCGCGGUGAGGAGGUCUGCAUCGGCGGUUGCCAGGUAGGCGGAUGUGAGAGGCCCGCUGUUCCUGAUUCUCUAGAGGCCUCCCCGUCGCCGCCGGCACCAUGCUGUCCCCUCAGAGGGCUUUGCUCUGCAACCUCAACCACAUCCACCUCCAGCAUGUAUCUCUGGGCCUGCACUUGUCCCGCCGUCCUGAGCUACGCGAAGGGCCCUUGAGCACAUCCCCGCCCCCAGGGGACACCGGGGGCAAGGAGAGGCGGGGUCCCUGCAGCGGGACCCUUGUGGACGCCAAUUCCAACAGCCCAGCCGUGCCCUGCCGAUGCUGCCAGGACCACGGGCCCGGCCUAGAAACCCGGCAGGACCCAGCACAGGAGGAAGAGGGGGCUGCCUCUCCCUCGGACCCGGGCUGCUCGUCCUCUCUCAGCUCCUGCUCAGAUCUCAGCCCUGACGAGUCCCCCAUCUCAGUCUACUCGCGGGACCUCCCUGGCGACCAAGAUGCCCACCCGCAGCCUAGCAUCAUCCCCCUGGAGCAGGGCUCCCCACUGUCUUCCGCAGGCCCUGGCGCCUGCUCUCCCGACAGCUUCUGCUGUUCUCCUGAUUCCUGCUCUGGGGCUUCCUCCGCACCCGGCCCUGGCCUGGACUCCAACUGCAACGCCCUGACGACCGGCCAGGACCUCCCUUCUCCAGGGCUAGAGGAAGAGGAUGAGGGUGAGGAGCAGGACCUCCCUACCGCCGAGCUCCCGGAGGUGGAUGACGGGAAGAUCGACGCUGGGAAAACCGAACCCAGCUGGAAAAUCAACCCCAUUUGGAAAAUUGACACAGAGAAAACUGAAGCUGGCUGGAAAAUCACCGACAACAAUAACUCUGGUUGGAAAAUCAAUGCGAAUACUAACUCUAGUUGGAAAACUGAACCUGGAAAAUUCGACUCCGGUUGGAAAACCAACGCAGGAAUAUCUGCUCCUGGCUUGAAAACAGAUGCAGGGAAAAUUGAUGGGGGAUGGAGAAGUGACGUCAACGAGGAGCCGGUGCCCCACCGGACAAUCACGUCCUUCCACGAGCUGGCCCAGAAGCGCAAGCGGGGCCCGGGGCUGCCCCUCGUGCCACAGGCCAAGAAAGACCGCAGUGACUGGCUCAUAGUCUUCUCGCCCGACACCGAGCAGCCCCCCACCGGGUCGCUGGGCGGCUCUCCGGCGCCUCCCCGGGAAGUCACCACCUUCAAGGAACUUCGGUCCCGAAGCCGGGCCCCGCCCCCGCCACUCCCGCCCCGAGACCCCCCAGCUGGCUGGGCCUUGGUCCCGCCCCGGCCCCCACCCCCGCCCGUCCCUCCCCGGAGGAAGAAGAACCGACCCGGGCUGCAGCCCAUAGCCGAGGGGCAGCCGGAGGAGGGCAGGGCGGUCAGCCCCGCGGCCGGCGAGGAGGCCCCGGCCGCAAAGGAGCCGGACGAGCCCAGCGCGCAGGCCGGUCUGGAGGCCCGUCCCCUCCUGCUCCCUCGGCCCCUGGUUUUCCGGUUCUCGGCCGACGGGCGCCCCCUGUUGGAGGGUGGGGGCACGGGCUCAGCUGGGUCUCUGCUCCUGGCGCCUCUGGCCGGCUGGCCCGGCGCCGGGCUGCGGCUGCUGGGGGCGCCGAGUCCCCCAGAGAAGCAGCUGCUGCCUGUCCGCCUGUCCCCAGUGGGAGCCUAUUCGCCUCCGGCUCGGGGGGCCCUGCCCUGCCUGGCCAGCCCCGAGCUGGCACUGCUGCUGUCCCCGCUGUUUCCCAGAAGUAGCACCUUCCCUGCCGUGGCUCCCCCAUCCCGCCAGGUACCUGCCCCCACGCUGCCACCGCCACCUCGUCCGCCGAAGGCCCCUCGCCGGACCAGGAGCCCACCGCCACCGCCCAGGCUACUCCGUAGUUCCUGGUCUUUCGCCGGUGUCCCCGGGGCCCAGCGACUGUGGAUGGCAGAAGCCCAGAGUGGGACUGGCCAGCUGCAGGAGCAGAAGAAAGGUCUUCUGAUAGCUGUGAGCGCCUCAGUGGAUAAAAUCAUCUCGCACUUUGGGGCGGCCCGGAACUUGGUUCAAAAGGCCCAGUUGGGGGACAGCCGGCUGAGCCCAGAUGUGGGGCACCUGGUGCUGACCACCCUCUGUCCGGCCCUCCACGCCCUGGUGGCUGACGGGCUGAAGCCUUUCAAGAAGGACCUCAUCACCGGGCAGCGCAGGAGCAGCCCCUGGAGCGUGGUGGAGGCAUCGGUGAAGCCAGGCUCCAGCACCCGGACCCUCGGAACCCUGUAUAACCAGGUCAGCCGUCUGGCCCCACUGACCAGCAGCCGGAGCCGCUUCCAUGCCUUCAUUCUGGGCCUUCUCAACACUAAGCAGUUGGAGCUGUGGUUUUCCAGCCUCCAGGAAGAUGCAGGCCUGCUGUCCCUCCUGUACCUGCCCACCGGAUUCUUCGCCCUGGCCCGGGGCGGCUGCCCUUCAUUGUCCACAGAGCUGCUGCUGCUGCUGCAGCCAUUGUCGGUGCUCACCUUCCACCUGGACCUGCUCUUUGAGCACCACCACCAGCUGCCCCCGGGCCCGCCACCGGCCCCUGCCCCUCCGGGCUCACCCCCAGCCCUGCAGCAGACUGUGCAAGCCAUGCUGCACUGGGGGGGCCGGCUGGCCCAGAGCCUUCGUGGGGCUUCUGGGGCGACCCCUCCAGGCCCUUCAGCUCCCUCAAGUACCCCCACACCAGGCGGCUGGUGGGAGCAGCUGACCCAGGCCUCCCGGGUCUACGCUUCUGGGGGCUCCGAGGGCUUCUCCCUUCCCCGCUGGGGAUCCAGGCGGCCCGGGACUGCGGCUGAGGGCGCUCAGGAGAGAGCGCAGCCCGCGGAGGACGUGGCACCAGGCAGAGGCGUAUGGCUGGGGAGACUGUUUGGAGCGCCUGGGGGCCCCACAGAAUCGGCAGGUGGAGCUCUGAAGUCCAGGAGACCAUCCAGCUGGCUGCCUCCCACAGUGAGUGUGUUGGCUCUGGUGAAGUGGGGGGCACCUCCCGAGACUUCCUGUUCUCCUGAGGAGCUCGAGGCCUCAGAACCCAGCACGCUGCAGACCCACACGGCAGUCCGCACGCUCUGUGACCACUCGGCCGCAGGACCUGACCAGCUGAGCUUCCGGCGUGGGGAAGUGCUGCGUGUCCUCGCCACCGUGGAUGAGGACUGGCUGCGCUGCGGGCGGGAUGGGGCGGAGGGGCUGGUGCCCGUGGGGUACACCUCGCUUGUUCUCUAGGCCCGGGACCCUCUGCUCCUGCGCCUGUCUCCCUCCUGUCACCCGGGAACGGAAUGGCCUCUGCACACUAACCCGUGUAAACCGAUCAUCCCAGAAGCAUUCUCCCGGGUGUCACCAAGUGACACUUGCCUCCCAUAUCCGUUUCUGCUGAUAUUUAAAAGAAAUCUGCCUCUUCCCUCCCAUGCCUUUCCAAGUAUAUCAAAGGGAUUUCCCUCCAUGCCAUCUUGCCUCUUCCCCAUCUGCAUAAGGGAACGUCCCUUCCUCUCUGCACAGCGGCCAUCCAGCCCCGCUCCCUUCUUGGUGUGUAAGUGGACGCUGCCAGUACAGUGGACGCCUCUUCUUACAAUGAAGGGCCAGCUGUGACCCUCCAUCCCAUGUCGCCUAAUGUAUUUAUUGUGUCCUCGUGUUGUACCAGGUGCUGAAGUCCAGACACCCCUGGCGGGUGUCUUGUGGUGGUGGUCGGCCUCCUUCCUCCUGUUGCAAUAAAGUGUGGGAGUUGAA